AAUUCUGCUCUUCUUCUUCCCGCUGCAGCCACCCGAAGAAAAAAAAAAGGGAAACCCAGCCAUGCCUUGGAAAAUUGGUAAGGAAGCUUGGUAUUUUCCCCUUCCUUUCUUGUUCUAGAACACACCUAGAACCCAGAAAUCUUCCCCCCCUACUGGAAAAGCCGGAUCUGCCCUGCUCUACUUUGUCCUUCCGCUGGUUGCUCUUGAUUAUGGGUGAUUUCUGGGCAUUUUUUCGAUUGCGUGAUUCUUCCCUGCAAUGCCGUCGGCUUUCCCCCUCUACUAGGUUCGGUUUUUGCUUGCAAUUUCUGGUAUGUGACAGCCAUUUAAGGCUUAAAUUAUCCAUUUAAAGUUGCUGCUUUGUGAUGUCCGAAUUUGGCUAAAAAUGGGGGAUAAUUCCGGUAGCUUUAGGACCAUGAUUAAGCACUAAUUCAAGUGGGAUUUAUGUGAUUGAGUGUUAAUUGAUUGCUGUGAUUUUUGGAGUGAAAUCCCGUGAGAUUAGCUAGUGUGUUGGCCAAUUUUUGGAAGUGCAGUUACUGUUCAUGUCGGGGUUACUGUUCACGUCGUGGUACUGUUCACGGAUAUUUGAUCAUGUGGAGAUUGAUAGGAAUAGCAUCGGCAUUAGGAGUGAUCUUAAUGAUGAUUUCAGUGUGAAUUUGUGAUAGUCCGAUAUUAAUUGUGGAAUAUUUUGAUUAGGUUCCUGAUCGUUCUGUCAGUUAGUACGUGAAUUGAGUGCUCGGUUUUAUGCAAGUGAGGUAAGUAGAUUAUGGUAAUGCCCUUCGAUUUUAAAAGCAUGUUUCGAUUUGUUUUUGAAGUGGUGGCGGGACUAAACCCGUUUUACACAAGUAUGACUGAUUUGAAGUGAAAUGUUUUGUGCUUUUCAUUAAAUUUAGCAUGCCUACUUGAAAUUUGAUUGAUUGUCCUGAUGAUCUGAAAGUGAUUAGCGAAUUAUGAUUUUUCUGUUAACUUCUGCCUGUUUUGUCUCCGAUAUGGUCAUGUUAUUCGUGUGCCCGCUAGUGGGAGGUUUAUAAACGCUAGCACAUGUCGACAUGUUAUUGAUAGAACCCGUUCGUUCGAGUGACCCUGCUAGUGGGGGUUAUACACCAGCAAAUCGUGUGCCCGCCAGUUAGAGGUUUAUAAACGCUGGCCAUGACCUAUAGAGGAGACGUCUAUUUCGUUCCCGUACUGUAUUCGUUUUGCGUGAUUGCACAUGUGGCAUGCUAUAAGUUUAAAUAAGGGGCACUCCAUAUUUACUUACUGAGUUUAUCUCAUAGUUUUCCUUGUCCACCAUUUCAGGAAAUGAAACCGAGGACGGGGAAACCACGGGAAGUGACGAGUUAGAAAGCUAGCCAUUUCGAGAUUGAUAUAAAUUUUAGAAAUAAAUCAUGAUCUUGUAUUUGGAGAUUUUAUGAUAUCAGAGAGAUUUUAUAAUUUGAUCUUCAGAUUUUGAUGGUAUCAGAGUGUGAAUGUGAUAAGUUCCGAGCCUUGUGCAUUUGUGGGACCCGUCUCACGAGUGCAUGGCGUCUGUCG